AGGCUUCUGUGGCUUUCCGGCUGCAGCCCCUGCUUUACCAUAAGGCAAGGGGAGCCCCCGCUGGGAGGUGCCGGUGCCACCUGGGCGGGCACCACCUCUGGACAGCCGGCAGCUUCCCGGCGGCGGGCGGAUGGAAGGCAGGCAGGCAGGAAGAGGGGCACUGCGCAGGCGCGGGCAGGAGGCGGUGGGAAUGGCGUCUGUGGUACUGAGUGAAGCGGAGAAGCUUUACAUCGUGCACGGCGUCCAGGAAGACCUUCGUGUAGAUGGUCGAGGCUGUGAAGACUACAGAUGUGCAGAAGUAGAAACAGAUGUUGUAUCAAACACAAGUGGAUCUGCAAGAGUAAAGCUGGGAGAAACUGAUAUCUUGGUAGGCAUAAAAGCUGAAAUGGGGACACCGAAGUUGGAGAAACCAGAUGAAGGUUACCUAGAAUUUUUUGUUGACUGUUCUUCAAAUUCUCCUGAGUUGGAAGGCCGGGGAGGAGAAGAACUUGGCACAGAUAUAGCAAAUACUCUGUACAGAGUAUUCAGCUGUGAGAACAGUGUAGACUUGAAAUCCCUUUGUAUUAAUCCCAAAGAGCACUGCUGGGUUCUCUAUGUGGAUGUAUUGUUAUUGGAAUGUGGUGGGAACAUCUUUGAUGCAAUCUCUAUCGCAGUGAAGGCAGCUCUCUUUAACACAAGGAUACCCAAAGUGCGUGUUCUGGAGGAUGAAGAAGGCACCAAAGAGAUUGAGCUGUCUGAUGAUCCUUAUGACUGCAUUCGACUUAAUGUAGAUGAGGUGCCCUGUAUUGUCACACUAAGCAAAAUUGGAUAUAGGCAUGUGGUGGAUGCUACCCUUCAGGAAGAAGCCUGUUCUUUGGCAAGCCUGCUUAUUUCAGUGACCAGUAAAGGUGCCAUCACUUCUAUGAAGAAGGUGGGGAAAGGUAGCCUGGAUCCUGAGAGUAUUUUUGAAAUGAUGGAGACAGGACAAAGAGUAGGCAAGUCACUUCACAUAGCCCUUCAGAAGAUUUUGGAUGAAGAAGAGAGUUUGGGGACUUCACGACCAAAAGUUGGAUUUCUAGGAUGAGUUUUUAUUAAAUGUUCAAAACUGUUUUUAAUUGAUUGUGCAAUCUUGUCAGUUUGUAUAUAAAGAAAAGGUUAUUUUUUUUUGUUCCAGUAGAGUCAUCCUCCUGGCUAAGAGGCUUUCAGAAUGUUACUAAGCAUAAAGAAAGCUACAGUUAAAGGCAAAUAAGCAAAUUUGAGAUGCUUUCCAUAUGGGUAGCUGCUGGCACCUAGGAAGUGCACCAGCAGCAAUUGGUGCUGUUGCCUGGGAAGUGCUUGAGUCUGUUUUUCAGAGCGACUGGUGUAUUUUCCACUUCAUUCUGUUUGCAUGUGUUUCACUUCUGUAAACCAGCUGCUGUGUUCUAGAAUGCAUAUGGGAUUGUCUUCCCAGUGCACCACAAAUGAGAGCAGCAGUGGGUGGAAAUCUUCUUCAAGUUACCUUACUAUGCUUUGAAUAAAAUGUGGUUAGAUUUUACUAUAAAUACAACAUGGUCCCAAGUUCCCAAUUCAUAUUUUAAACCAAGAUUUGUCUACAACUGCCUCACAGGGGGAAGGGGGGAGGCAGGCACUGAACUAUUUUCUUUGAUGACCAGUGACAGGACUCCAGGGAACAUCCUGAAGCUGUGUCAGGAAAGAUUUAGGUUGGAUAUCAGGAAAAGGUUCCUCACCCAGAGGGUGGUGAAGCACUGGAACAUACUCUCCGAAGAAGUGCUCACAGCACCAAGCAUGACAGAGUUCAAGAAGUGUAUGGACAAUGCUCUCAGGCACAUGGUAUGACUCUUGAUGUGUCCUGUAUGGGAGUUGGACUUUGACGAUCCCAGUGAGUUCCUUCCAGCUCAGGAUAUGCUAUGACUUCCUUGCUUCCUAGAGCUCUACCUAUCCCUUUUGCUAACAAGUGCAAUAGUAAGCCAGCCAAAACAUCUCACUCUGGCUAAGGAGUAGGGACAUGACCAAGGUAAAUGGGAAGCUAAGUUGAUCUUUAAAAGUUUGAUAUUUCAGCUGGAAAAGCAUAGUGGCUGUCAAUAAUGAUCCUUCACAGACAUGAAUACAAAUCACAUCACCAGAUGUUGAAAGUAGUGGAUUCCCUCCCUACAUCAGCUGGAUGGUCCAGUACAGAGUAUGAGGUGUUUAUUUGGCAUGAUAGGAAGAGACAACAGAUGGGAAGAGUCAAAGGAAGAAGUUUUUUUUAGAUAGCUGAUAUUUCAUCUGCAAGUUUUAAAGAAUGUUUUGAACAAACUUUAUGUCAGAAAUUACUACAAUAAUCCAGGAGUUAUUUAGCUCUUACUCAAGAAACAUUUUCUGAAUUUUCUGUUUCAAUUUUAUAAUACCAGAUUAAGAAUAUUCACUUGACUGUAACAUGUUUGGUGGGGAGAAAGGAAGGAAGGGUUUUGCUGAAGGAAAGCUGUAGAACAGGACAGAACAUAUUAAAGCUCAAACUAAUAAUCAUGAUCACAUUAAAAUAUAUGGAGUGCUUAAGGUUCCCAAAUCUCUUCAUUCCUUUUGCUAGAGCUCCUACACAUAGUUCUUCAAGGUGACUGCAGCAGUACUGUGUAUUUCAGGUAUGUGUAACCACUGCUAUAACAAGCAGUAUAACAAGCAGACAGGUUGUUUAAAAAAAAUGUUGUCCCCCAAAAUUUGUCCAAGGCUUGUAUUUUGAAGUGUUGGGAUUUUUUUCAGUACCUUAAGUAAUGGUUUAGGUAGGUUGUAAUGGUGCUACACAGUAGUGGAGCCAAGAAGUGACAAUGAGUGUACGUAAUGUCUUUUAUCACUUCAGCAGAGUUAUUCUGUGUGAGGCAAAUACUAAUCUGACAUCAGCUUUACAGUAGCUGUGAUCCACUCCUUGCCAUGCAAAGCUGCUUGUAAAAACAUAUAAAGAAAGACUUACCACAGGUAGUUUUUUUGUUCAUGCAUUGUUCAAUGUUUCAGAAAAUGGUUAAUGUAAAUGAGACUACAAGUCUUGAACCUCAGCCAUUCUCUGAAUGUUUUAUUGCAGAUUUGUGGUUGGAGACCAAAAAUCUGCUCUGAGUUACACUCGGGGUGAAUUCUGUAACCUGAAUAGUGUAAUUCUACACAGCUUUCCAGCUGAAAGAUGUCCAAGCAUUUUGCAAGUUACAUCAGUUAAGAUGCUUCUUGUCCUCUCUCCAGAUCCUUUUAAUUUUGAAUAUAUUUUUAUGAGAGCUGGAGAUGGUGGUGGGAAAAGAAACAUGGUUGUGUUUCAAGUGUGUGAACUGAUGCCUCUGUAGAGAGGAGUACAUGUGCACUCCCUCCCCAUUUCUUAAUAAGGAUAGCAAAUAUUUAGCCCUCUGAGUUCCAGACUGUGUACUCAAGAGAGAGACUUGGUGCCAAGCACUUCCUCAGAGCAGCACUGUACAUUAGCAUGGUGCUGCAGUGGUCUGCAGUGCCUCCCCUAGGCAUGUGUGUCCUCCUCCUGGUCUUCUGUACCUGGAUAUGCAGGCACAGAGUGAAUUGGGGGUCUCAAGGGGUCCUGUUCCUUUUAUGUCUCUGCUUCCCAUCUGUUGGCAUGCAAAAGCAGUGGUGUGGAGAGUGACCCCAGUUCAGAUGGGGUCUGCUUCAACCCCUGAGAUAUAAAUAAUGAGCUCAGCCAAAAGUAUUACAGAUCUAGCUGGUCUUAGCUGCCCCUGGAGGUUUUCUGCUACCAGCUCAUGUCCCAGAUGGAUAAACAAAGCUUUGACAGGGGUAAAAGGUCCUACAGCUCUCCCAGCUGAUAUGGUAUCUGCCAAGAAAUCUGUGAGACUGUGGUUCUCAGGCAUGCUAAGGGCUAAUUUCUAUUUUCUUAGCUCCUUUAAACCCCUCCCUUCUAUUCCAAACAGAAAUAGCAGAAUUUUAAUAGAGACUUCAACUGAGAAUGCCCCUGUUCCCAUCUGGGCUGGUGGAAAGUUCCAUGUGUUGCUCUGCAGAUACUGCCACAUUUCCAUUGACUUGAGUCCAGUAGAGCUAAGAGGAAACAUCUGUGGAGUGGGAUAGCUCUCUGUUUGUCCCAGAAAUUAAUCGCUUCUGCUGGGAGUGUUGAGAGGCUGAAAGCUGUGUACUAGAGAUGAGGAGUCUAGCAACUCCUGCUAGGCUUCUAUUCAUGUUGCCUAAAAGCACACACCUGCAAUUUACCUGUUUCACAGGGACAGCAUUCCCCUCAAAGCAGAAGAGGGUGUAGGUGAGUGGACCUGGCAGACUUACCAAGCCUGGAAAACCCAUCAACAUACGUUAUGCAACGACAGUUCAACACUGUAAUUGUGUAGUUUGGGGAGAAGAGGGAAGCUCAUUCUGCCCUGUGGAGGCAGUGGGGAGGAGCACGCCUGUGCCACCUGUAGUCAGGCUUUAAAUGAAUCUUUCCGUCAGCACAGCCAAAUCGAUGUGAGCCAGAGCUUGCGCAUGCUCCUAUGAGACUGUAGUAUGCAAGGCUGUCUUCAAGGGAUUUGGCACCUUGAUUUGGCAUGGACAAUAGGGUGUUUCUGUAUUUGCUUUGUAAACAGCAAUUACUUGAGGUUUACGCGCUUCUGCUAGGACUGCCUCCAGCUUUUCUUUUGAACUGCAGCAGAUGCCACUGCCGUCCUCUGCAGUGGGAUGUUUUCCAGCCCUGCUGUAGCACUGGUUUAUUUUGCAUGUGGUAAGUGGCUACUGGCACCCAGAGAGUGGAAGAAGCAAAGCUAUGACUGGUAUGACCCAAGAACUCCAGUCCUUACCCCAGAACCUGUUCUCUCCAUUCCUUUAACAUUCAGAGAAAAAUGCAAGAGCAGGUCUGCAACUACUACUGAAUCUCUUCAGCCAUCAGCUUCUGUGUGAUUUCUCACUGCUCCCCAACCUCUUGUCUCCUAGUGCACUCCUCCCCAAUUGCACUCCCUGCCCAUGCAAGGCAGCUUUUCCUUCUACGGCAAAAUGUGGCUGCUCCUGUUAGCUGUGCCUCACAGAGGCUUCUUUUCCUUCAUCAAAGUCCCAGACUUGCAGCGAUAGUGCUCAGCCACAGCAGGGCACUUUGGUACAGGUCUCCCCACAGAGAAAUUGCAGUUUUUCAAGGGUUAUCCUUGGAUCUGCAUUUCUAGCUAUUUUCUUGGAGCUGCAUUUCUAGCUAUCCAGGAAGAAAGAUGUUUUUGCUGUUGCUGCAAAACAUCAUAAGAAUCUCAAGCAUGCUGCUAAUGACUCCCAGGUGACGGUUUAAACCUCCAUUUUAUUGACUGGAACACUUUUUAAUAAAGCUGUGGUUAUCUCUCAA